AUGUUGCACUGGAUCAAGGACCGAAGAGCCAAGAGAAACGCCAAGACUAAGAAUAAGAAGAACAGCAGCACCAGGACAGUAGAAGACCCAGCAAAGGAAAUAAUCCAAAAGCCAGUUCCAGGUAUGGAUCCAACGGAUUCUACCUCCAGCGUCGCCUCCUCCAAUGGUACGCCUCGCCAGGUCCAAAAGCCUCCAAAGAGAGUCUCUUCUCUGGACAACCGUCGAUCGGACCAUUCUCGACGAAUGUCUCUUACGGACAGAGACUUUGAUUCCCUCCUUGUGCGAUCCCGUGGCUGGGUCUUUGAUCCUGCUGAUGGCAAGUCCAGGCCCCACCAUGAUCGACAGCACAAUCGAGCCAUGGCGGGAAACGAAUAUGACAAGUAUGUCUUUGCACCCAAACAGCCUAUCAUGGGCUAG